GCAACCUCACCUUUCUCCGUUCAUCAAUUUCAUCAAAAAAAAAAAGAAAGAAAAAUCCAAAAAACCACUCAUUAUUUAUCCAACACCAACAGUUUACCCCCAACAAUCAUCCCCCUAUCUAAAAAUCAAUUAUUUCAACACUGUGCAGUAGUGAGUGCAAAUAAACAAUUCAUUAAAUAUUUUAAAAAAAAAUUGGGGAUUGAAUCGAGUAUGGAGGUGGUGGGGGUGAUGUCAUCGUUUAUAUUUUCGUGGAAUUGCUGUCAUUUCCACAGAGAAUCAUCACCUGGAGUGUAAAAAUGAGGGCUGCAGCAGUAUCAUGACCACUGAGUCUGGCCACACUUGUGGAUGAGGCCAAGCCACCUUGGAGCGGUGAGUGAUGUCUGAGAGCGACGGAGAGCAGGCGGCUAGGUCUAUGGCCUUGGAGCAGGCGUACGUCCACGAGGUUUACGAACAAUGCGCUGAAAAGACUGCACAGAGCAGGCACUGGCCGCGAAUAUACAAAUUUCUCGAGGAACUCGAGCCCGGGGCGCUCGUCUGCGACAUAGGUUGUGGAAAUGGCAAGUAUCUCAGCGUCAACAAUAACAUCUUCAAAAUCGGCGGUGACAGAUGCAAACGUUUAACGGACAUUGCGAGAGAGAAGGAAAACGAGGUGCUAAUAUGCGACAAUCUCUCGCUACCAUUUCGGGACGAGAGUUUCGAUGCUGUUCUCUCGAUAGCAGUGGUCCAUCACUUUGCAACGACAGAGAGGCGUGUAAAUGCCUUGAAAGAGCUUGCCCGUGUCCUGAGAAUCGGUGGCAAAUUGGUGAUAUCGGUAUGGGCUAUGGAACAGCGUCACAGAAAAUUCGAGUCCCAGGAUGUCCUGGUACCCUGGCCCAAAGCCUACUGCCUCAAUUCAUCGUGCCACUGUGGUGCAUCAGGUGUUCCAUGUUCCACCCAGACACGCAGGGAUCAUCCACCGAAGUGUGUCCUGAGAUCCAAGAGAUCGACGGAUCGACAGAAGUGUAGGAAUAAAAGUUAUUGGAUUGAUCCAAUAUUCAGCCCCUCACCAUCAACCAGCAGUUUAUCCAGCCCCAAUGAGACGUGUUACAGUUUCUUUCGUCGCGCUCUUCAGAAAUUGGCAGGUGGCAAGAGAGGUUCGGGCAGUCGUCCCUGGUUCCUGGAGAGUUUUCAAAACGGGGGCUGCAAAAAUCGCCACCACCACUUCGAGUCCGACGAGUGCGCUGACGCCGAUGACAUUCCCAUUGAGCUCCGUCGUCUCGAUGACGACAAUCCUACCAUCACCAAGCCAACCGACACUCUGAGCAUGAAGUCAAAGAGCCUGGGGGAUAUCCUCGAGGUCCAGCAUCUCGAUCUCGUGAGAUCGCGAUCGAGUAUCCCCGGAUUGUGCUCAACAGUUACAUCCGAGCUCAAUCUCACUGACCAAUCGGCGACACCACCCCUUGCACCCUACAAGCCACGAUUGGUCAAGCAGAAGACGCACUUGAUGGAUGAUACGUGUCUGGAGAUCCCUGAGAACACUGCCAUACAAGAACUUGUCAAGGAUCUUCCAGAGUUACCGUCAAUCGAGCCGUCAACCCUCGCAAAACGCCCCAACGUCCACAAACAGAGUUCAAUGAACGAGGAAUUGAUGUCGAUGGAGCGACUGAUGGAGCGUGAACGUGUACGUGGUAACAUAAUGAAACAGGCAUCCCUCAACGAGGAAAUAAUUUGCAAGCACCCGACCUUGGAGCACUUUCGAGACUCCCUGUCCUCGAAUACAGCGAGCCGACGAUUUCAACUCCUGAAAAGUGGCCUUACGAGUCGCCUGAAGCAAUCAACAACGAGCAUGGAGAAGGUGACGACCCUGUCCAUAAAAAAUGGCUUCGUAAAAAUGCUGCAGAGCUGGAAGUCCUCGGACUCUAACCCCGAGGAGACAGAGACAAGUGCGGAGGCAGUGAAAAACAAACUGAAUGAAAAAAUCGUCCAGCCAAUUGCCAACGUGAAACAAAAAGAGACUAGUACAAUCGAGAGGCGAUUAUCCAAGGAGGAUGGCUCCGACUCCUCGAAGGACAGCAGUUUGCAGAGUGACACUAGUGUUGAUUCAGAGGACAGCUUUGCCUCUGUCAUCUACGUGCCAAAGCAGGAAGCACCACCUCUGAUUGACGUCAUGGGGACAACCCCCUGUGGCUACCAAUUGAGAACAACCUCAGCCCCUCCGUCGCCCAGGGUAAAGCAUCCCCCAGAUCUCCACACACCCAGAUUCAAAUUAAUUCCUACAUCUCCACUGCUGAAACAAUUCCCAGCGACAAGCAAAUCCUUACCACCACCCAGUCCACCUGGCCUCUCACCCAAAACCGUGAAUUCAGUCAACUCGAGGCCAUUCUUUGGAUCGAAUUAUCAGAGCAAUCAGCUCUCCUACAGUUUCGAUAAAGUCUCAAGCAGGCCAGAGACGCCAAAGAUCUCUGGUGAUGUCAAGAGGGAGAGUAUAAAAAUUCUCCCCCGUUUUGAUAAAUUUUUAACAAAAGAUACAAACAGCACUUCAGUGUCGAUUGAAAGGGGUGAGGCUGCAGGAGAGAAGUGCCAGAGGAUUCCAACAAUCGAGGUGAAUGAGAAGAAAACUCUUGAAGAUGAAGUGCCUGUUGAGAAGACGGAGGUGGAAAAGAGAACAGAGACACCAGAGGUACAGGAGACGAGGAGUGAGGAGGCAACUGGCAGGAGGCCCAGUCUAUCUGUCCUGAAGGGAUAUCGAUCCAUGUCCACAACUGUUGAUCAGGAAGACCCCAUCGUCGUUCAGGACUCCAUGCCGCUCCUGGAGAGCAGCGAGCUACCUGAACACUCGAGCAACGAGUCCAUCAACGAUGAGGACAGCAGGAAGAUCAGGCUCAAUCAGAUCAAGGAGUUACUCAAGCAGAAACCGGGUUUUGCCACCAGGUACACCAAAACAGCGUUUCCAUUGGUGAGACGGGCAUCCACUGCUACUUCCUCUGGGCGACUCGAGACUGUUGCCAAGACACUGCCCAGGCUGCUGUCACUCGAGCUAUUCAACCCAGAGACUGAUGAUCUUGACAGUGACUCGAGUGGAGUUUCAUCACCAGAAUCUGUGGGAUCGGUUAUCAGUGUCAUCUCUGAUGAGAGAUUUAUUCUCAAAAACGAAUCCCAGAAGGCGAAAGAAUCACCACCGAAGGACUCGACCUCGAACUCGGAGCCAUCACCGCCGACCGAGGAGACUUCAAGCCCUCUGACAACAGAGAUCUCCUCCUCAUCAUCCCAAUCCCUGCGUCUCCUCGAAGCAGCGGCAAAUGUCGCUAGCUCCCUGGAAGACGCAGUGGGCCGAGUGAUCGGUCUGCAUUCCGAGGACAGUCAUGACUCCGGGAGUCCACGAAAAUCUCAGACAAAAAUUGAACACUUGAGAAACCAUUUGCAAGAACCAGGGAAGCUCUCCCCAUCGGAAAACACGUGGAACGAGGAGUGCAGAAGGCACCUCAUUGACUUUACCGAUAAAUUAUCAGAGAACCUGAUCCACGACAUCGAUCAGUACUGCCAGAAAACACGUCUAGAGUUCACCAAUGACCUGGAUACAAUGAAGAAUAACAUCGAGAUAAGGAGGAGCUCAGAGACAAGCAGUUACACCUCGAUCCCCUUCAGGAAGGAAUCCUCCCCGAAGUUGUCUGGUCUGGCCAACUGCAAGUACAGCGAAUUGGUGGACAACACAAUAGCCUGGCUGAGAGGUUCAACGGGUGAAGCAGACUUCUCUGAAUAUGACAAUAAGCUGAGUCCCAUGGACUCGACCCCAGGCAAGCCACAGGAGUUGGGAGAGACACUGGAUCUCUGUCGAAGCACCUCUGAGGAUACCAUGGACUUCGUGAUGGUCUCGAAGACUGGAGAAGUUGAGGAGAACCCCACGAGCAUCAGCAACAGUUUCGUGAACUCUGGGGUAGGCCAACCUGAGGAGCACUCUAAAGGGGACAAGUCCUACAUGAGAUUUGGGGGGUCUGUGGAGUCCAGUGAUAUCGGGGACUCCAUCGAGAACACAGUGAGCCUCAGUGAUGACUCAACUGCCACGCGGAGGUUUUGCUGUGGCUCCACAGCAUCUCUAACGUCCAACGUGGGGUACAAGAGUCCCAAGGACAGAAGGAAGUAUGAGUAUUCAAAACGAUCAGUCUCUGAGGAAAUUCCUGCUGAGAGAUACGACACCAAAAGAUCUGCUAAUCUCUCUGGCUCCUCCUCCCAGGAGUCUCUGCCCUCUGAUCGUGGCGGUGGUGCUAUCACUUAUCAUCAGUACUACCAUGUCUUCAGGGAGGGGGAGCUCGAUGCUCUUAUCAAUAAAUACGUUGAGAAUCUUCACAUUAUAUCGUCAUACUACGAUCAUGCUAGCUGGUGUAUUGUUGCUGAAAAAGUUCAGGUCUGGACCAUUUGACUCUUGGAUUCGAUCUUGCAGGUUCAAGUAAAUUUUUUUAAUCCUGUAAAAUUGAGGGUUUUUGGGAUUCAAGGAAAGGACACGAGAUAUGGAAUUUAAUGAGGAGAAUUUCCGGGAGGGAUUAGUGUACAUAUGUAUUAUAAAAUGUUUCCGAAGUAAGCGCACAGACCAUUAGAUACUUUAUUUUAUCGAAAUACCUUCUGUAGCGUAGAUUUGUAUUUAUUUAUCUAAGACGCUUGACCAAAAACAAGGGGAUGUAUAUUAAGAGGGUAUGAAGGGGGUAAAGGUGUUGAGGACAGGAUGUAUCCCUCCAAAGAGCCAUAUCCACGUCAGAUAGCAUGAGAAAUCUUUUUUUUUUUCAAUUAUUAUUGCGGAUAUUAUAGAGAUUGUACCAUAUCCAGGUUGAAUAAUUAAAUGAAGUUAUGAAAAAGGGCCUGAGCACUUCCUCCAUGUAAAUAUGUGUUGUUGGUAGUAUCGGUGAUGAAAAUGUCUCCACCAUAUCAUCGAGAAGAUUCGACGUUCAAAGGGCGAAUAAAUGAAGAUAUUAAGUCAGGGUAUAAUUAAAUAACGAAUUAACGAAUUUGUUCUGUUGUUUGAUUAUGUUCAUUUUUCUUGUGGAGAAAUGAGAUUGAAGGGAGAAUCGAAUGAAUACGAAGGUAAAACGGCCAGAGUUUGUGAUAAUUUUAAGUCAAGUAGUUUUCAUAAUCGGCCCACGUAUUUACUUCACUUUUCUAUUGUUAAUUUUUUUAUCAAUCACUUUAAUUGAUUUUGAUAAGGUCAUUAUGUUGAAUUCAAUAGUAAAACUUUACGAUUUUUUCACGCGAUAAAAAUCCAUGAUGAUGUUAUUAUCAAAAUAAUUUAGAUUCAGGUCUCGAGCAAUUAUUCAAUUACUCUCGAUGAUUGAAUAAUUGAUUCAGAGUUGUAAUAAUGGUAAUUAAGAUAUUUUCUAUGGGUAGACGAGAAUAUAAAGAACUAAAUUCAAAAACGUGUUUACCAGAAGGAUUAAAAACUACUACAGAAAAAAAAUUAUAAAUAAAUUUUAGGAGAAACGAGAAUCCAUCCCUAGCGAAAUAUUCUGAUAUUAGGAAUCGAACCUAUGUAAUGGAGAGAAUAUACGUACUUCAGUAUUGGAAAUAAAAUGAAAAAUUUUAAAAAAAGCUCAAUGUUGUAACGACGCUCUCAAGAUUAAACAACAACUGCUACUAUCGCAUUAUUAGAUCGUAACAUAAAUUAUUGAAGCGCAAGCGACAAUGAGAAUUAAUAAAAAAAAAAAAACAUAAUAAUCCCAGCCCCAGCGCCUGCAAUUCAUUCUUACCAAGCAAUUUAAUUGUAAGAUAAAUCUGAGUAUGAAAUAACUGGAGAGGCUAUGGCAGAAGUUAACUCCAGAGGAUUGUCAGGGUGAUGCAUGAAUUUUCCUCUGACAGAGACGCUUGGACCACUUUGGCUUCAUCGAAUAACGAAGAUGAUUCUUAAUUAGAGAAAAAUCUGUUUAAAGAUACUGACAAUAUGUACACUUAUGUGAUCAAUCGAGAGGUCCCACGAAAUUUUGUAAGAUACGAAAAAACGCGUUUCCCAGUUGUUUAGUGCUUGAAGAGAAUAAGGUAAAUAAAAACAUUUAAACAAAUGAUAUUGGGUGAAGGAGUUUGGAAGUGGCGGUUUGUUUAGUCUAGUCCCUGGUAGCUUGUUGAAUUUUAUUCGUAGCUCUCAUUCCAUUCUCCAAAAGAGCUCUUGCCAACAAUUUGACUCUCCCUGAGAUUUUAAGAUAACCGUGGAAACCUCACGUAUUCACAAAAUCGAUCUGUUAGCCUUUAGCUUUUUCUUGUGGAAUGUCUUUUCCGCAAGAGGCAAAUUAAAAAAUCAAUAAUUUAACAUUAGUGAGUAAUCCUGUAUUUGAACAGCAGCAUUAAUCAAUAAUAUAAAAAGCUAUGGUGUUCAUUAAUCCUCGUAAUAAUUGUAAUGAAAAAUACUCCAUUUCGUUAAACGAGACGAGAAAAUCAAUGAGCUCCGCAGUGCCCUGUACACAACCUAGUGCUCGCAGAAGCAUAGAGUCCCAUUUUGGGAUUCGCAAUUAUAACAAACUCCUCGAACAGCAACUGAUUUUAAAUUAAGUAUCCACAGGGGAUUCACCUCGAUCAAUCUUCACCUCCAUCCGUUAUUUAUCACAAUCAAUAAAAAA